AUGGCCUUGCAGUAUAUGCGAUGCUCUCCUUUCUCUAGAAUGUUAACGCGUUAUGCUCUUUUCCAAUGUCGUUUUAUAAAAAAUCUUAGUCUAAAGAGCUUUCAUACGGGCUUUCAGAAUCACAUGCCCCUCAUACCCAUGGUAUUAGACAAGACUACAAAUGUUGAACGAUAUUAUGACAUAUAUUCCCGUUUAUUGAAGGACCGAAUUAUAUGUCUUAUGGGUGCAGUUACCGAUGAAAUAGCUGGGUCGGUUAUCGCACAACUCCUGUUCUUACAAUCAGAGGAUAAGAAGAUCCCUAUACACUUAUAUAUUAACAGUCCAGGAGGCGUUGUUACUGCAGGUCUAGCAAUUUACGACACUAUGCAGUUUAUUAGACCACCAGUUGCUACUUUGUGCAUAGGUCAGGCUAGUAGUAUGGGUUCUUUGUUGCUAGCAGCUGGUUCACCUGGUUGUCGAUUCGCUCUUCCUCAUUCCCGUAUAAUGGUCCAUCAACCAUCUGGCUCUGCCCAUGGUCAAGCAUCGGAUAUUAAAAUUCAGGCAGAGGAGAUAAUUAGGACGCGUAAUGUUAUAAACACUAUAUACGAACGACACACAAAACAGUCCCAGGAAGUGAUAGAAAAGUGGAUGGACCGUGAUUACUUCAUGACUGCAGAAGAAGCAGUUUCAUAUGGAAUAGUCGAUAGGGUUUUACAUAAAGCUCCUGCUGAAAAAGUGGAUGAAAAUCCACAAUCAGGCAACCUUCAAAGCCCUGGGACUCCCAGACGUGGUGUAGGUCCAGGAGCUGCAAAUUUUGGGGGUGGAAUCUAUGGUCCAAAUGUUGGUGGCGGAGCUGAUUCACGAGAGUCUGGUUUCUUAGCUAAGUUGAACACACUGUCACGUUCACGGAGGCGGAAACAAGAAGCUGAAGAGUUGGCAGCUGAAGCACGGCAGGCUAUGGAGGACCCUUUACUUCCUGCUCCACUCGAUCUCGGUACUGAUGGUUAUCAGUUGGCUGAGGGUGAAGAACGCUCUAUGAUAGAACCUCAGUCAAAAGAUCAUCCAUUAGUUCAUGAUUUAUCAUGCUCACUUAUUGAAUGGAUUAAUACUGAACUUGUAGACGACAGAAUUUUAGUACGUGAUCUAGAAGCAGACUUAUAUGAUGGGCAAGUAUUGCAAAAACUAAUUGAAAAAUUGUUAAAUAUUAAAAUUGAUCAUCCAGAAGUAGCUCAGACUGAAAUAGGUCAAAAACAACGUUUAAAAAUUGUAAUUGAUGAAAUUAAUGGUGCCUUAGGCAUAUCACCUGUUCGUGCUGCCCAACUAUGGCCUGUUUCUGCUGUGUAUAAUCGAGAUUUAGUGGCUAUACUACGUUUAUUGGUGGCAUUAGUUCAUAAAUUUUCUCCAGCCAUAAUUCUACCACGUAAAGUUCAACUAACUGUUUUAAUAGUUCGGAAAAUCAAUGGUAUUUUACAACAUAGACGUCAAAUUGAACCAAUUACUGAUAUUGGAGAUGAACAAGAUAAUACAGAAACUGAUCAUGAUGCUAUAAGUGCAUUGGUCGAUUGUGCCAUACCAGAACAAUUGGCUUCAUUUCAACAAACUUUAAAAACAUUUGUAAAUCGUAAUUUGAAUAAACUGAAUCUACAUGUUACUGAUUUGGAAAAUGAAAUGAGUGAUGGUGUCUACUUCAUUUUAUUACUUGGUUUACUUGGCAACUAUUUUGUUCCACUGCAUGCUUAUCAUAUCACACCAACAACAGAUGCUCAAAAGUUGGCUAAUCUUCAAGUUGCCUUUCAAUUGGCUCAUGAUGUUGAAGGUAUUGACUUAGAAUAUAAUCAACCUGAAAGUGUAUUACGUCACGAUUUAAAGGCAACAUUACGUUUAUUAUAUACAUUAUAUACUCGAUAUGGUGAUAUUCAAUAA